AUGCACAGAAACAACCCACCUAAACGUCAUUCGGAUAGCGAAAGACUGCGCAAAUAUAGUGAAAUCCUCCUUCCCCGAGCUGUAUCGCACACCUUGAAACGACCUCAUUGUGAAUUCAGUUCCUUUGAAAUGAGCAGAGAUGAGAAUCACAAGUCUAGUCAUGAUUCCUUACUCCACACUCUGCGUCGUCCUAACCCUGUGAUUUCUGAGGAAAGAGAGGACCCACCUUCGAUUUCGGUACAAUCUGCUGUAGCGAAUAAAUCGUGGCGAAAACUGAGGAAAGCUAUCCUGCUCAAAUCUAGUACUCUGAUUGCCGAUCGAAAAGAAAGCAAUAAUGUGAACAGCAAUGAUGACUUUUUAGAUUACUUUUCCACAUUUAAAAGGCCGUCCCAAAAUUCCUACUGUGCAAGACGAAGUAUUGGCUCGCGAAAUGACACUAUAAAUCAGAAAUCAUCUUUAGUUGAUGAUCAAUUCUUUUUUGAAGGAUUUAACAAACUAUCGGAUCCACAACCUAGUUGUGAUGAGAAAGAACCCACUCACGAUUCAUCUUCUCCUCCUGAAACCCAGAAGCAUUCUCUACGGAUUUUUAGAAAUCCAGACAAAGAAUUGGAGGUCAAAGUACCAAGUAGUAAACUUCUCCAUAUCUACCAGCCUCAAACCAAACACAAUGCCUCCUCUUCUAAGGAAAGUGUUUCAAUUCAAAUUGAAGAAUGGGGUGGUUUGGAAGAUGACUGCCUACCCGAUGUUAAACCUUCCCAAUACAAGCCCAAAUACCCUUGGUGGCAUCACUUACGAUUCCUCAAAUACUGCCUUCCCAAACGUGCUCGAUUCGCUAAAUCCUCCAACAUUAGUGAUGCCAAUACGUCCGCGAAUGAUAAUAAUAUUAAUCACAUUAGAAACACCCACUUCAUUUGUAAUCCUCAAGGAAAAUUUAUGUUUAUUUGGCUGGGAAUUGUAGCAAUGGCUACGGUAUACAAUCUUUGGACAGCAAUUCUCCGACAGGCCUUUCAUGAAGUCCAAAAAGGUAGGACAGCGCUUUGGAUAGGACUAGACGGCAUAGCGGAUUUAAUUUACCUCGCCGAUAUAAUGGUUCAAUUUCGAACAAGUUAUCUCGAAAAAGGUCUGGUCGUAAAAGAUACACGAAAGAUAGCAACUCGUUACCUUUGGUCGCGAAAUUUCGCUUCCGACAGCCUUGCACUAAUUCCGUUGGAUCUCUUCCAAUUAGUGAUAGGGAUACACCCACUUUUACGGUUUCCACGUUUCUUGAAAUGCUUUCGGGCAUGGCAUUGGAAGAUCAUGGUUGAAAAUCGGACCACGUUUCCCAACUCCUGGCGUGUGUUGACAUUGACCCAUAUUCUAUUUCUUGGAUGUCAUUGGUUUGCGUCCAUCUACUACAUCUUGUCCGAAAGCACACAAUUUCAGGAUCCGUGGGGAUAUCCCGCCCCUGUUACGCCUGAACUUCAAUCACUCCUGCGAAAAUACUUGCAAUGCUUCUAUUGGGCUACUGUUACCCUGACGACUAUUGGUGACAUUAACGACCCAUCUGUAACUUUUCAGUGA